AGCCCGGAGGACCGUGAGGCACAGCUGUCCCUGCCGCCCACGGCGGCGGGGUGCAGGGCUGCGGGAGGCGAAGUGUGAGGCGAAGGCGCCGCUUGGCCUUUCCAGAGCCAGUUUGUGCGGCGGGACGGUGCCCGCGGCGCAGAGCCCGGGUGCCCCAGCCCGGCCCCGGCAUCCUCAGCCCCGCGCUCUGCGGCCCCUGCUCGCCCGCCCGCCCGCGGUCUCCGCGUCGCUGGCACGUCUAGGUGAGGAGCUCGGGAGAUGGCGGAAAAGCUGGCCCCCGGGGAUUUCUUUCUCAGGAAAACCAGGGAGUCGGUGUCCUCCCUGGACUCGGAUAAGCUGGCCCCGGUGUCUCCGGAGGGGGCUGGUGAAGAGUCCUCUGACAGCGACGGGGAGCAGGAGGGCAGCUCCCACAAGCUCAUCAGGAAGGUCUCCACGUCGGGGCAGAUGAGGAGCAAGAAGAGUGUGAAGGAGGGGCUGUUACUGAAGCAGACAAGCUCCUUCCAGAGGUGGAAGAGGCGAUACUUCAAGCUGCGGGGGCGGACACUGUAUUACGCCAAGGACUCCAAGUCACUGAUCUUUGAUGAGGUGGACCUGUCUGAUGCCAGCGUGGCAGAGACGAGCACCAAGAACAUUAACAACAGUUUCACAGUGAUCACACCAUUCCGAAAACUCAUCCUGUGCGCAGAGAACCGGAAAGAGAUGGAAGACUGGAUUGGUGCCCUCAAAUCGGUCCAGAAGUGGGAAAUCAAUGAGGCCACGCAGUUCAACAUGGAGCACUUCUCUGGCAUGCACAACUGGUACGCUUGCUCCCAUGCCCGGCCCACCUUCUGCAACGUGUGCCGGGAAGCCCUGUCUGGGGUCACCUCCCAUGGCCUCUCCUGUGAAGUUUGCAAGUUCAAGGCCCACAAGCGCUGUGCUGUGAGAGCCACCAACAACUGCAAGUGGACAACACUGGCCUCCAUAGGAAAUGAAAUCAUUGAGGAUGAAGAUGGGGUGGCCAUGCCCCAUCAGUGGCUGGAGGGGAACCUGCCCGUGAGUGCUCGGUGUGCUGUGUGUGACAGGACCUGCGGGAGUGUCCGGAGGCUGCAGGACUGGCGGUGCCUCUGGUGCAAGGCCAUUGUUCACAGUGCCUGCAGAGAGCUCUUUGGGAAGAAAUGCCCCCUGGGACAGUAUAAGGUCUCCAUAAUCCCACCCACUGCCUUGAAUAGCAUUGACUCUGAUGGCUUCUGGAAGGCCACCUGCCCCUCCUCCUGCUCCAGCCCCCUUCUGGCCUUUGUCAACUCCAAGAGCGGUGACAACCAGGGCGUGAAGUUCCUGCGCAAAUUCAAGCAGUUCCUCAACCCAGCACAAGUCUUUGACCUGAUGAAUGGUGGUCCUCACCUAGGGCUUCGUCUCUUCCAGAAGUUUUCCACCUUCCGUAUCCUGGUCUGCGGGGGAGAUGGGAGCGUGGGCUGGGUUCUGUCCGAAAUUGAUGCACUAGGAUUGCACAAGCAAUGCCAGCUUGGUGUCCUGCCACUGGGGACUGGCAAUGACCUGGCACGGGUGCUGGGCUGGGGCAGUCUGUGUGAUGAUGACACCCAGCUGCUGCAAAUUCUGGAGAAGCUGGAGAGGGCAACCACUAAGAUGCUGGACAGGUGGAGUGUGCUGACCUAUGAGAUGCCUAAGCAGUCACCCCUGCCCACUAAGGAGGAGGAGAAUGGGGACUCCAACAUCCAGGCCCAGAUCUCCCACUAUGCUGACUCUGUGGCCUUCCACCUGGCGAAGAUCCUGGAGUCCGACAAGCACGCGGUCGUGAUUUCCUCUGCAAAGUUCCUGUGCGGGACUGUGAAUGACUUUGUGGCAGAGGUCGGGAAGGCAUAUAAGCGAGCCACCGAGAACAAGCAGGAGGCUGACAUGAUGGCCAAGAAGUGUGCCAUGUUGAAUGAGAAGCUGGACUCCCUGGUGCGGGAGCUGAAUGAUGAAUCGCAGGCGAUAGUUGUCCCCGAGGGGAGCUCACAGGCUGCCCUGCCUGGUCCUGGAGGCAAGGACAAUAGCAAGGGUGGCAGUUUCAACUCCAGCCCUAUGCCCAGGAUCUUCAAAUCUAAGGAGCAACUCAUGCUGAGAGCCAAUAGCCUAAAGAAGGCCUUGAGACAGAUCAUUGAGCAGGCAGAGAAAGCGGUAGAUGAGCAGAACAAGCAGACACAGGCCUAUCGGAGCAUCUCGGCUUCUAGCAAGAAGGACAGCUCGGAGGAUUUCAACAAAGAAACCGAAAGGCUCAGCUCCCGACGGGAGACAGUCACCUCCACAACCUCCUCCAUCAUUCUGGACAGGCCUGACAGCUUCAGCACCAUCCACUUCACAGAGGACCCCAACACCAUACAAUUCUCUGAAAAAUGUGUCAUGAACAACUACUUUGGCAUCGGGCUGGAUGCUAAGAUCUCUUUGGAGUUCAACAACAAGCGGGACGAGCACCCCAAAAAAUGCAGCAGUCGCACCAAGAACAUGAUGUGGUAUGGAGUGCUGGGAACCAAGGAACUUCUGCAGAGGACUUAUAAGAACCUGGAGCAGCGAGUCCAGCUGGAGUGUGACGGCGUGUCCAUCUCGUUGCCCAGCUUGCAGGGGAUUGCAGUGCUCAAUAUCCCCAGCUAUGCAGGUGGCAUCAACUUCUGGGGAGGCACCAAGGAGGAUAAUAACUUUGGGGCCCCCUCGUUUGAUGACAAGAAGCUGGAGGUGGUUGCUGUCUUUGGCAGCAUCCAGAUGGCAGUGUCUCGAGUCAUCAACCUGCAGCACCACCGCAUUGCCCAGUGUCGAAUGGUUAAGAUCACCAUCCGGGGUGACGAGGGUGUCCCAGUGCAAGUGGAUGGAGAAGCCUGGAUCCAGCCCCCAGGGAUCAUCAAAAUCCAGCACAAGAACCGAGCCCAGAUGCUAACGCGGGACAGGGCCUUCGAGAGCACCCUGAAGUCAUGGGAGGACAAGCAGAAAGGCGAGAGCUACAGAACCACAGCGCGACCCCGCCUCAAUUCCCAGCAGUCCAUGGAGUACCUGACCGAUGAGGAGUAUGGCCACAUGCAGCAGCUUGCCCAGGCUGCAGAAACGCUCAUUACCAGGAUCCGUGAGGCAGCCAAGACCCACAAAGCCAUUGAACAAGAGCUGGCCCAUGCUGUGAAUGCCAGCUCCCUGGCACUGAAUGAGGCCCUGCCCAGCAAGACCAGCAGCAGCCCUGAGUUCCUGAGCAGAAACACAGCGGUGGACAUGUCCAUGAGCAUCAAAGCCCUCUACACUGAAACCAGGGCUUUUCUGGAAGGAAAACUGCAGCUGGACUCUCCCCAGCAGGAGGAGGGGCUGCAGAGUGCCCUGAACACCAUCAGCCAGGAACUGCAGAAGCUUCUUGACAUCCACUGGCUGGCACCCAUCAUCAAUUCUGCUGAGGAGGAGAGCUCGGGGAGUACCAACAAGGGCAGUCUCAAGUUACGGAUUAACAUUCCCAAGCCCAAGAAGGACAAGGAGAAGGUUCAGAAGCUGAAACCCAGCAGUGUCAUCCCAGUGGACAAGUGGGGCGCUGAGGAGGUUGCAGCUUGGCUGGACGUGCUUGGUUUAGGGGAAUACAAAGACAUUUUUAUCCGCCAUGACAUCCAGGGCUCAGAGCUGAUCCUGCUGGAGAGAAGAGACUUGAAGGACCUUGGGAUAACAAAAGUGGGCCAUAUGAAGAGGAUUCUCCAGGGAAUUAAAGAGAUCAGUAGCCACCUCUAGAGACACUGAGAAAGCAAAACAAAAUGGAUUGCUGGGGAAAGUCCAAACUCUAGGUGGGAUGCCUACAGCCCUCAGCCUAGGACCAGCAUUCCACAACUGUAAACACGCAGACAGACGUCUGUUCUUGUGCGCGUUUGUCCCUGGUAUGAGCAGUGUCACAGCAAGUGGCCCAGACCAGGAGGCUGUGGAACCCUCACACUAGAACACUUUUCGUCAGCGCCCCAAAGCAGCCCAUGGUGGACGUUACAUUUCCAUGCUCGCCAAAGAUGAUUGGUUUGUGCGCACAUGUGUGUUCCCUUUAUGUUCUGGGUUUCUGUGCUUGAAUGGCUUCUGUUCAGCAGUUCAUCUCCAUGCAUACCUCUGACUUGGAAGCAAGAACCCACCACAAUAGGUAUGGUUUGGGGUCCUCCGGCUUUUUGGAGCAGCUCUUAUCCAUUUAGCUGGCUAAUUCUGGGCAAAGCUGCUAAAGAUACUACAGUGCUAAAAAGGCAAGUAGCGCAAUGUCAAGUGAAAAUGAGCUGUCUGUGAAAUGGAUUGAUCUGUGAAAUCAUGAUGCCAGCUGAGGCCCUAAGGACAUACGCAUUAUAGACUGAAUGCUCUCUGAACCUAGGCACCUUCAUGUCCUACUUCCUAAAAGCCCCAUAACUUUUCUACUCAUCGUUCCAAAGCUGUGAGCCUUGUUGGACUAAGAAG